CCUCGCAAGAUUACCAGUAUACACUAGAUCUAUUGAGACUAGUAGAUAUAAGAGUAAGAUUAGGAUCGGUAUUAGACUAAGAAGUUGCACGAAUCUAUCCGGCCGAAAAUAAGAUAGCGUGACGAACAGACGGUGUACUUUAUCCCAAAUUACUCUUUGAGAAAGCCGCCCUGGAACUAAACUCAAAUUCUAUAUUUUGGAAAAAAUAGAACUAAUUUUUAUUUCCUUCAUUGGUUGAUUUUGGGUGGCGUGUCAACAAGUGAGCCAAAUGAGAGCCAAGAAAAAUCGGAUGAAGAGAAUGAGAUGGUGGAAGACAUGUUGAUGAACUACAUGUUCUACGGGAGUGGAGACACCAAUCCAGUGGAUGUACAGGAGUGCAAGGAGAACAUGAAGAGGGUGAAGUACAUACUGCUGACCAUAGUUCUAGUGGCCCUAGUCGUGGCCCAGGUCAUGGCCCACUCCAAUGUGAAACUAGUGGAGACACACAUCGACCAAUUGAACGAGGACUCACAAUUCUUCAAACGAGAACAAAUCAACAUGCGAGCAGGUCUGCACGAUGUUUGUCCGAAGUCAUGGAGUGAUGCUGAGAUUAAAGAUCGCAAUAUAUGUGAGCGGGAGGGUGGAUAUCCCAGUUCUUAUUUCGACAAGUGCUACUGGGUCGUGUCGAGGAACAAAUAUGAUAGAUGGAACCCAAAAUAA